ACAUCCUUCAUCGUCGAGAGAGCGAUAAUAAAACCCUACGGGGACGCCUCCUACCUCCAAACCAAAACAAAGCUUUAUUACUCAGAAAAACCCAUACUUCUUCUUCCCACAAACAGAAAUGACGCAGAAAGGGAAUCUUUUCAAAGGUCAACAGAAGAAGAAGACGAUACCUCCAAAUCGCCACGGAAAAAUCCCUCAGACUCGUAAAGGGAAGAGAGUGGUGAAGCCGUCGAAGAUGACGAACGGUAUAGACACCGACCGAUUAAGCUCUCCAAAGUUUCUUUAAAAUAUCAAAGAAAGAGUUUUUCACUCUUCAUUCAAUUUUAUAUUUCUGUUCAGCCAAUUAAUCUUUGUGGUUUGAUUUUUUGUAAUUGAAUUGGAAAGGAAUUGCGUGGUGCUGAAUUAGUUGAAUACAUGCACUUCUAAGGU